AUGUCUAAUUAUGACUUUCUGUAUAAAAAAGCCUUAACGGGUUCAUGUAUACUUUUAGACUGUACUUGCGACACCGUACCCGCAGAGCAACUUGUAAAUUUCACGGUUGGUACUCCAACUACUGAUUCAGCCGGUUGUCAGUCGUAUACGGCGACUUGUGUAUGUAACGGAACAGCAACAGCAGACUGCAGAAUCCAAAUUUAUUCUGGCCAUGGACUUGGCGGCGUUCACGUUGGAUCAUACCCAUUUACAGACAGUCGCGCAAUGAAUGUCAUUUGCUCGGAUCUUUUUUAUUAUAAUUCAUCAAUGACGGCUUGGGGUAGAAAUAUAACUAUCGGCCAUUUUGCGUCAGCGCUAUGUUGUAACAAUUAA